CUGCGGCGUUUGGCGGGAUUAAAGCUUAGUUCUGAUAGCGGUGUUGUAACGUUCUGUAUUGUAAUUUUCUGGUAUCUGAGAAUAAAAUUAGAGAAUUUUUACUAUUGGAUUACAGUGAAAUUACGUUUUAUAUCUUGUGGGGGCGAUCUGUGUUGGAUAUAAGUUGGCUUGACUGAAGCAAUACGCAUUGAAUUUACCAAGAAGGGAUACGGUACCGUACAGUACGGACUAUAAACAGAAUCACCAAGAUGACACUGCUUGAAGGAUACAUAGGAAUCGAUACAUUAACGGAGCAAAUUCGUAAGAAAGCUCUCAGACAAGGAUUUGAGUUUAACGUCAUGGUUGUAGGUCAAUCUGGCUUGGGAAAGUCAACGAUGAUCAACACUUUGUUCCAGUCAAAAGUUAGUCGACGAACUUUUAAUAAAGAAGAUUAUUUCUGUCCAAAAACUAUUGAAAUCAAAUCAAUAAGUCACGAUAUCGAAGAGAAAGGUAUUCGUUUAAAGUUAACAGUCACAGACACGCCGGGGUUUGGAGACCAUAUAAAUAAUAAUAACUGCUGGACCCCCAUUACGAAGUACAUCAACGAGCAAUACGAAACAUAUCUAAACGAGGAAAUCUCGAUCAAGAGAAGAAAGAGAAUCCCAGAUACAAGAGUGCACUGCUGCCUAUACUUCAUUGCCCCAACUGGACACUCAUUGCGACCAAUUGACAUCGAAGCGAUGAAACGACUCGUAAAAGUGGUCAACGUGAUUCCAGUUAUUGCUAAAGCAGAUUCUUUGACGUUGGAAGAAAGAGACAAAUUUAAGAGAAUCAUUCAAGAUGAGUUGAAACAGAACAACAUUGAGGUAUUUCCAAACGACCAACAUGAAGACUUAGACGACGAAGAAGCAGAAAAUAACAAAUGGCUCAGGAAGAAACUUCCCUUUGCGGUCGUUGGCGCAACUGAUUCGUAUAACGUCAACGGGAAAAACGUCCUUGGAAGAAAAACAAAUUUUGGAUUGAUUGAAGUUGAGAAUGAGAACCAUUGCGAGUUUUCAUAUUUACGAAAUAUGAUUAUUAGAACCCAUCUACAAGACCUGAAAGACGUCACGGCCCAGGUUCAUUAUGAAGCAUACAGGCAACGUCGACUUGAAACUAUCAAGAGUGAUCCCUCAAAACAGGAGACAAACGGCACAGUCAUCGACAUGGUAACACCAACUCCUUCACCAGUGGGGAGUCUGCGAUUUCAAAAAACGGCAAAUGCGAGUCCAAGAUCAAGUCAAGCAACUGCUACCCCCGCUAAUCAUACCCCGAAAGUGUCUCCUGCUAAUAAUACUUCAAAAACGGCCCCCGUUGUUGCGAAUUCAGCUCCUCAUAAGGCCAUGCCAAACGCUAAUGGCCAGAGCGUACAAAUGAAUGCUAAAGCUAAAGCCGCUAUGGCACAUUCAGCUAAAAACGGCGGCUCGCACCAUCUAGCAGAAAGCAAAAUUUGAAGAAAAUGCUGCCUCUGGUUGGCUUUGAAUAUUCAAGCUGACGAACUGAAUGGACAGGCCGGCCGCUCCGCCCUAAAAAACAGAAUCAUGAUGUAUAUUCUUUUCUUUAUAGUCCGAAUUCAAUUUACGUUUUUUACAUUUCUCACAUCCGAAGAAUUGUUUAUUAUUAAUUCUCGUAUUUACACAUAAUGGAUGUUUAUUUUCACCAUCGUCGAUUGUUCGUUCAUUGAUUCAGCUGGAAGUCUUCGGAUGCGUUUUUUAAGCGUUUUGAGUUUCUGUGGAGAAUUUUGAUGUUUUCCUUCGUCACCAUUGAGAGUCUAAAACUCUGAUGAGUUAGAGAAUACUACUCCGGCUUCAACUCCAGUGAAAAUAUGCUAAAUUCUGCUUCCACAUCCCAGAUGUAGACGCUUGAAGAAUCAUUUCUGAAUAGUAUUCAAAGAUAGGCAAUGCCUUCAAUCUUCAAUACACAAGUAUAUACUAAGUAGAGAUUGUUGUGCCUGUAUAUAGAAGCUGUUACAAAUCCCAACUUCUCAAAAAUUUGCCUGUUUCAUUUCAUAGUCAAAGAAUCUUCCGUUUAUUUUUUCGAUAAUCACUCAAUUUUUUACUCACAUCUUCUCAUUGCUGUGUUAUAGUCCUCUAGAAAGAAACAAAUUUGUCAAUCAGAUAUUUCAGUGAAAUACCUGCCACUCAACCAUUCGUAAUUGUGACGUAUACACUGAAUAGCCAUUAGGAAGGGAUCCAGGGCAAUCCAUUUAUUAUAUUCUUACAUCCUAUCACUUAUCAUAUUUUAAUUUUUCCAAAUGUAAAUACAUAUUCGAAUUAAAUAUCAAGAACAUGCAUGGUCUAUAGUUGAACUUUUUCGGAUAAAGUUUCAUGUAUGGCCGGACGUAUUAUGUUACUGCUCAAAAUUUAGGCUUGGCGUUCUUUGUUAUGAUUGGCUAACGAGGGGUGUAUGUAUUAUGGUUGGCCAAGCGUAACAAAAUUUAUUAUCGUCGUUUAUGUUAUAUUAUUAUUUUUAUGUACUCGUGUAUUCGGAUAUCUCAUUUUUUCGUUCGUCAUCUUUUACACAGUGUUUCAUUUUAUACCGCAUGCAAAAACCGAAAUGUUAUUUGUGAUUUCAUUCUGUAUCACGUGAUAAUAUUGUCAUCGCUGAUUGGUCGAACAAUUUUAAACUACUCGAAAAAUCUUCAUACUAGUUUCAUUUUUUUAGUUAUAUCUAUAUUUUUACGUUGAUACCUAAUAAUGAGAAGAACAAUUCGUCCCUGUUAUAUACCGUGUUCCCCCGAAAAUAAGUCUGGGUCUUAUUUCAAUUUUCUUCCAAGGAAUAACACUAGGGCUAAUUUUCGGAUGAUGUCUUAUAUUUUCAUUUAUCAAAAACAAAAUUACAAAGUAGUGAAUUACGAGAUUUUCAAAUAUACAAAAUACGAAAACCGAUAUCCAUUUACUUAUGAACAACAUAAAACAGAGGCUAUUAAUCGUUUAAAAACGUGUAGAAGAGUUUUUUUGCUAUCGACUCAAAAGUCAGAAGUCAAAAAAAAAAUCGCGUCAUCGACUAGGUCUUAUUUUAAGAGCAGGCUUAUAUUAAAAUCAUUUUUUAAAAUUUAGGCUAGGUCUUAGUUUCGGGGAAACACGGUCAUCAUUAUCAUCCCCUCAAACUCAUGACGUAGUUAUUUAUGACGCCACAAAGUAUAAUACUCCAUCAAGAGCAAGGCAUUGGCGUAUUUUUUUUUUGUUAAAUCAAUACCGAAUUUUGUAAGACGCAAAACUGUUUGUUCCUUUCUCUCUCAAAUAAUUGAAGAAAUAUAAAUUCUUUCACCACC